AUGAGCGCCGUCGAAUCUGAGACUCAAGUCGUGGCUGCACCGGCCAAGAAGACGAAGCAAGUCAAGCCCGCACGUAAGCAGGUCAAGCCCGGAGAGGUAGAAAAGAAGGAAGCACCGCAGACAGGAAAGGAGUACAACAUCUGGUACAACAAAUGGGCCGGCGGUGAUCGAGAAGACAGCUACUCCAACAAAACAAAGUCCCAGACGCGCUGCAACAUCAAGCGCGACGCCGGCCUCACGCGCGCAAACACGACCGGGGUCAAGUACUGCUGCCUCUUUUUCGCGCGCGGCUGCUGCCCGUACGGCUGGGAGUGCGAGUACCAGCACGUCCUUCCCGACGCGUCGAUCACGCUCCCGGACACGUCCAAGGACUGCUUCGCGCGCGACAAGUUCGCGGACUACCGCGACGACAUGGGCGGCGUCGGCUCCUUCCAGCGCCAGAACCGCACGCUCUACAUCGGCCGCAUCAAGGAGACCGGCACCGGGGUCGAGACGGAGGAGGUCGUCCGGCGGCACUUCAAGGAGUGGGGCGAGAUCGAGAAGAUCCGCGUGCUCCAGUACCGGAGUGUCGCAUUCGUGACGUACGUGUCUGAGAUGAACGCACAGUUUGCCAAGGAGGCCAUGUCGUGCCAAUCCAUGGACAACGAUGAGAUUUUGAACGUGCGGUGGGCGACAGAAGACCCUAACCCUACGUCCAAGGUCUCGGAGAAGCGGAGACUGGAAGACAUGGGACGAGAAGCCAUCCAGGCGAAGAUGGACCCUCGCAUCAUCGACGCCAUGCGCUCAAUGCGUGCAUUGGAGGACGGUAUCGGGCUGGAUGCGGAUGAUGAAGACUUGGAGGAUGAACGGGGCGCAAAACGCCAGCGCAUCCUGUCGUCUGACGCCAUGGAGGGGCUAAAGUACUUCGCCGAGAUCCGCAAACAGAACGGGCUGGGACUUGCUACAGCACAACCAAAAGUCACAGCUCCUCCGCCAACAGGCGGGCUUGGGCUUGGGGACUAUGCGAGCGACGACGACGACUGA